AUUACAAACAGAUUGAUAUUUGGAAAUGCUUGACUUUCGAAACAACACGCAAUGUUUGCGCAUUUAAAUUGAGUUAAAUUCACAAGAUGUGUUCAUUAUUGGUUUAUUUACUUCCGGUAUUUAUGACACAUUGGAGCCAGAUUGUCACGAGAGAUAUUUCAAUUGACCAAAUACUGGCUGAGAAUGAUGGUAAUAAAGAGUAUGUCAGCGACAAUGAAAGUGCUUUGAUGGAGCUUGAUAUGAUCGUAGAUAAAAUUGACAGUCAGGAGCGUUACCGUGCAAUUGUUGACAAAGACGAAUCAUUACGUUGGCAGAGAAAUAUUCCAUUUGAAAUUGGCAAUGGUAUUGAUGAACGACAGGAACUAGCUAUCCGACGGGCAAUUCCUCUGUGGGAACAGUACUCAUGCCUUAACUUCUAUGAAAACAAACAGGUGUACAACAGAAUAGUGUUCAAACUUGGAUACCAUAACUUGUGUGCGUCAGAGGUUGGAAUGAAACAAGGACCUCAGAUAAUUUCUCUUGGGGAAAAGUGCUUUGAGCCAGAGAUAAUUCUUCAUGAGAUAGGACACGCCCUGGGAUUCUAUCAUGAACAUAAUCGUUGGGACAGAGAUAAUUACAUUGAAAUACACUACGAAAAUAUUGAACCUGGAUAUAAUAAAUCCUUCAUGAAACAGAAACCAGAAUAUACGGAUUUCAAUCAUGAUUAUGAUUAUUUAAGUAUAAUGCACUACGGACAGUAUUUUUACUCAAAGAAUAAGUCUGCAAAACUUAUCACAAUAAAAACCAGAGAUCCAGCAUUUCAAACUAAAAUAGGAAUGGUCAAGCAUCCGAGCUUUCAAGAUUAUAAAACUUUGAAUGCUAUGUAUAAAUGUGCAGAUAUCUGUUCCACCAAAGUCGAAUGUCCGGAGGAUGGAUUUGUUGGAAAAAAUUGCCAAUGUUACUGUAAAGGAAAAUCUGAGGAUAAAUCUGUUAGACUUUGCUUUCAAAAAAAGGAAUGUCCGAAACCAUAUAUUAAUGAAUACUUAUUUGGUGUAAUGAACAAAGACAACACACGCCCUGUCAACAUGACCCGUACAUCGUUUCCGGACAAAACAAUUUUAAAUCUCGUCUCAACAAAUUGGAAUUGUACAUUUAAUUCUCAGCUAAUGUGUGAAGGUGGUCAAUGGGAUAAGGCGAUAUCAGAAUGCCCAAUUGCACUCGAUAUUGGGGUUACUGAUGAAAUAGACGGUGUCAUUGAAAUCAUUUUAAAUGAGGAAUAUCGUGGGUAUAUCUGUGAUGAUGAUUGGGAUGAUAAUGAUGCAACUGUUGCUUGUAAAAUGCUUGGAUAUGUGAAUGGUUUGGCUGACUUUUCAAAACCUAAAGAGGUUAACGAGUCAUUACCUAUUCUCCUUGACAACGUUCAGUGUAGUGGCGAAGAACUUUCUCUCGCUGAUUGCAAACACAAUGAAUGGGGAAAGCAUAACUGUAUUCAUUCCGAAGUUGUGUCAGUUAAGUGUUUUGCCGAUUCAUUUACCAAACAUAUAAAUGUUACCACGAAUUUACCUUGCGGUGAAAUUAAAGUAAACCAUUCAAAGAGAAGGAAACGGCAACUUCGGGUAGCUGGUGGCUUUGUUGCAAAUAAUGGUAUGAAUCCAUGGCUAGUGGGAAUUCAACGAAAGAAACAAGGAUGGAAUCAUUGGUGUGGUGGGACAAUUAUAAAUAAUGAGUGGAUAUUGAGUGCUGCUCAUUGUUUUGAUGAUUUGAAGCGACAGUAUGAUGGCAUGAAUGUAAAAUUAAUUCUGGGGGACAUACGAGUGAUUGCUGGAGACCAUGAUCGUACCAAACAUGACGAAUAUGAAAAGAUAUUUUACAUUGAAUAUAUUGUUAAACACUGGAAUUACAGUGAAUUCGAAAGACGUUACUCUAACAAUGAUAUAGCGUUACUCAAAAUAAAGUCAUCCGAUGGCAUAAAAUUCAAUAACUAUAUACAACCAGCUUGUUUGCCUGAAGAAUUUACCCUGCUUUCAUCCGAAACUAAAUGUCAUGUUUCAGGAUGGGGAAAGGAAAAUCAACUUGGUUCACUAUCUGAGAAAUUAAAAACAGCAGAGGUACCGAUAACUCCAUGGCACGACUGUAAAACAUUCAUCGACAAAUAUCCCAUUGAUUUUAAAAAGGUGAUAUGUGCUGGUGAUAUCAGAGCUGAUGCAUGCCAGGGAGACUCGGGGGGGCCUCUCAUUUGUGAAGUGAACGAUAAAAACACGGUGAUUGGAAUUACAUCUUGGGGUAAAGGUUGUAGUCAAGCAAAAUAUCCUGGUGUCUACACAAAAGUUUCGGAAUAUAUCACAUGGAUAAAUGAUCAGAUUUCAAACCACGGCUUACAAGUGGUAACAGAUGCUCCACCGAGGGCAUGUGGUGAUGAUGAAUGGACGUGUAACAAUGGUGAAUGUAUAACCCUAUCUUACUAUUGCGAUCAACAAACGGACUGCUACGAUGGUUCCGAUGAGGAAAAUUGCCAGUGUGCGGAUGGAGGAUUCCAGUGUGUAGAGGGGCGUAACUGUAUCUCGGGUACAAGUAGAUGUGACAGCCGUAAUGAUUGUGCCGACGGUUCUGAUGAGGCCAAUUGUCGUUGUGAAGUCGGCCAGUGGCAAUGUGCGAACAAGUUGUGUAUACCUGCGAAUAUGAGAUGUGACGGUCCACCACAGUGUGAAGAUGGUUCAGAUGAAGUUGGCUGUAGAGCUACAUGUAGUUCAGACCAGUAUACAUGUUCUGACGGGAAUUGUGUCGAAGGGCGAAUGAGAUGUGAUGGUGUCCCGCAGUGCGAGGAUCUGUCGGAUGAGGACAAUUGCCCAUGUCAUGAAGGAAUGUUCCAGUGCCGGAAUGGUAACUGUGUUGAUGGAAGAAUGCGCUGUGAUGGAGUACCACAAUGUGAAGAUUCAUUUGAUGAAUUUGGUUGUCCUACUGAACCACCAAGUUGUCCAACUAGUGACUUCCAGUGUCAAACAGGCGGAAUUUUAGAAUGUAUUGAUCAAAGACUACGUUGCGAUGGUUAUGAAGAUUGUUCUGACGGCUCGGAUGAAAACGGCUGUCCUGGUUGCACACGUAAUGAAUUCACAUGCCAAAGUGAUGGCAGAUGUCUUCCUAUUGAAUCUAGAUGUAAUUCUAUCAUAGAAUGUGCAGAUAGAUCUGAUGAACUUGGUUGUGUAUGUACAGCUGAACAAUUCAAGUGUGGCGAUGGUAUUUGUAUAGAUUUAAGCCGACGCUGUGACCGCAGGAUGGACUGCGAGGAUCGCUCAGAUGAAAUAGCUUGUCACCAACUCCUUUUCGAAGUGUACAACAUGUUUAAAUUAUUAUUGGAACGGAUGCAGGGAAAAAAGCUGAAAGAAGAACUGUAUAAUACAUAACAAAUGUUCAAAUGAGGUACUGAGGGAAAGUGAUGAAGUAGAAAGAAUCCAGAUGCAUAUAAUGACAUUGAUUAUUGAUGGAAAGGAUCAGUGUCAUGAUUGACAAGAGAAGAGGUAGCCAUUUUACAGAUUUGUUUUGACUCCAAUCUCUGAUGAUGUUUAAAGACAUAUUUGGAUUUGAUAGAUAUUUUUAAAAAUUGUAUUGUGUUUCUAUUAUUGUUUAUUUUUAUGAAUUUUGUAUGGCUCAUGUGUAAUCAAUUAAAUUUCUGUAUCCUUUGGCAACAUUUAAGUUGCUUAAACUUGCUUUGAUAAUUUACAUUUAAAUACUUAAUAAAUGUUCAAUAAUCAAUUUUGUUGGUUAUUGUAGAGCCUAACAAAUUAGUGAUCUGACAGUUUGAAAUUUUCAAAUCAUUUUUGUUUAAUUACAAAAUAUGAGACAAAUGAUAUUAUAUUUCAUUUCAUAAAUUUCUGAUCAAGCUUAACAAAUUUAAUUCAAAUGAUUCAAAUUGUGCAUUUCUGAUUGAAAUUGGUAGCUGUUUGACUUUGAUAUACUUUUUAGCUCACCUGUCUCAAAGUGACAUGGUGAGCUUUUUUGAUCGCAUUUCAUCCGGCGUCCUUCCUUAAACUUUUACUUUAAAUGACAUCUCCUCAUUAACCUCUUAGCCAGUUUCACCUUAACUUCACAGGAAUGUUCCUUUUGUAGUCAACUUCAAAAAUUGUUAGAAGAAUUUAAUUCCAUGAAGAACUCUGGUUGCCAUGGCAACCGAAAGAAAAAAAUUAAAAAAUCUUUAAAUAUCUUCCUUUAAAAAAUCCAAAUAGCUAGAGCUUAGAUAUUAAUCACUAACAUCAUCUAGUUAGUGACUACCAAGUUUGUUCAAAUAAAAGCCCUGGUGUCAAAUUUGGCCCCGCGCCAGAGGAUCAUUGUUUUCCAUUUAUGUAUAAAGUAAAUACUUCAAAAGUCUUCUUUUGAAUUACCCAAAGAGCUAGAGCUAAAAUAUUUAGCAUGAAACAUCUUCUAAUGGGUGUCUACCAAGGUUGUUCAAAUACGGGCCCUGGGGUUAAAAUUGGCCCCGCCCCAAGGAUCAUCGAUUUUCCUUGUAUGUGUAUAGUAAAAACUUAAUAAAUCUUAUUUUAAAAAAACCCAAAGAGCUACAGUUUAGAUAAUUAAUAUGAAAUAUCUUCUAAUGAGUGUCUACCAAGCUUGUUCAAAUAAAAGCCCUAGGGUCAAAUUGGCCCUGUCUGGAGGGGGAGGUGUCAUACUCCUAUAUGUGUAUAGUGAAAACUUAAAAAAUCUUCUUUUAAAGACCCUAAAGAGCUAGAGCUUAGAUAUUUAUCAUGAAACAUCUUCCAAUGGGUGUCUACCAAGUUUGUUCACAUAAAAGCCCUUGGGUUAAAAUUGGCCCUAACCCAGGGACCUAUAUACAGGUGAGGGAUUUCAGGGCCAUCAUGGCCCUCUUGUUAUAACUCUUUAACUUAACUUUAACUUGUUUGUGUUAUUUUUUUAUCAGAUUUUGCUAAGCCGGUGUCGCGUAAUAAUCACACGGGCGUAAUUUUACCACGGUUUACACAUGUUUUUUUAAAACUUUCCUGUAACUUUAUUUACAAACAAAGCGCUGUGAAAAUUGGUAUAAAUCUUCAGCAUAGAACAAUUAUAUCGGUGCAUGUAUUUGAAUAUUCUGACAGUAUUUAUAUUCUCCAGAAUAUAUGCGUGAAAUUGAGCUAAAACGCCAAAUUUUGCAUCUUUCGUGGGCAUUUUGAAAAAACCUGCAAGGUUCAAAAGUAUUAAAUUCAUGAAAAUAAAUGCUUUUAAAACUUGUCAGGGUGUUAAACUUUGUUUCUUGUCCAUUGUUUUAUUUCUAAAUUGGCUAGAACUAAUCUUAAGCUGUAGUUGAAAAUGGCCAAUUUCUCCGAAAACUAGGUCAAAUUACCCGAAAAUUUUGCCCGAAAGGGUGCUAUAAAUUUAAAACUUGUCAUUCAUUACCGUACACAUUUAUUCUUAAAAAUAAAGGUCUAAUAACUUGUCAUAUAUUUUAAUAUUCACAAUUCAAUGAUUGUUUUUAAUCAACAAACGCCAUAAAUAUAAAUAACACGAUUUAAAGCGGCUUGUAUCCUUCGGCCGUUUUUCAAAAUGGCAGACAAAUUCUGUUAAAAUGUGAUCUAUAUACUUUUUUUUAACUGAUUAAGUACGUAUGCGUCAUUAUAUUGCAUUGACUUUGAUAUCAAAAUGUUACAAAACGUUUUCCCAACUCAACAAAUCAUUUAGACAAAAAUGACAAUUCAAAUUAACAAUGGUUGACAAUUCAAAUCAACAAUGGAACUCCACAGCUUUACUGCAUUUAAGUCAGCUGCCAUUUUGCCAAUUGAGGAUCACUUAACUAUGGUGUCUGAUUUGUGCCAUUUCGUUAUUUUGUUUGGUUGUGGUUGUUAGAAGCAAAACCUUGAAGAGAGAGAGAGAGAGAGAGAAUGAGAAACAUAUAUAACAAUUUAUUUCGUCACACACCUUUUUACCUUUUUCAGUAUUUUGUGAAUAUAGGCCCUUCAACUGCAACAACACAAAAAAGAUAAAAUGAUGAGAGGGGACACAUAACUUUUUUUCUGUAAAAUUAAUGUUGAAAUGUUAUACUUAUAAGAUGUGAGAAAUUGUUAAGACGGCAUAACAUUUCUUCAUCUGAUCAAAUUGAAUUUUAAUUUUGUAAAGUCGGCAAAACAAUUUAACUGUUGGAUAAUUGUUGAACAGUAAUAAUUCUGAUAAGAUUUGAGAAAUUGUUAAGCCGGCAUAACAUUUUUUUCUUGAACAUUAUAUUUUUCAGUUUGAAAUUUUCUUUGAAUAUUACUUGGAUAUGAGUUGUUAAGCCCCGCAUAGCAUUUUUCUACAUGUAAAAAAAUUAAUUUAAAUUUUGUUAAGCCAGCAUAACAAUUUCUCUGUUAGAUUUAUGUUGAACUAUAAUACUUUUAAGAUGUAAGAAGUAUGUAAAAAAAAAUUAAGCCGGCAUUAUAAUUAUUUUUAUUUCAAUUUUGUUAAGCUGGCAUAACAUAUUUUAUAAUUUGAAAUCUUGUGCUAUAAUUGUAUGUAAAUUGAGAAAUUGUUAAGCCAGCAUAACAUUUUUCUUCAUCUUAUGAAAACGAAUUACAAUUGGCAUAACAUAUUUUAUAAUUUAAAAUCUUGUGCUAUAAUUGUAUGUAAAUUGAGAAAUUGUUAAGCCAGAGUAACAUUUUUCUUCAUCUUAUAAUAUAAAAAUGAAUUUCAAGUUUGUUAAGCUGGCAUAACAGUUUAACUGAUAGUUUGAAAUUUUGUGUUAAAUUCUUCUUAGAUUUUAAGAAUUGUUAAGCUGGCGUAACAUUUUUCUUCACGUAAUGUAAGUGAAUUUCGAAUUUGUUAACAUUUUUUCUUAUCUUAUGAAAAUGAACUUUAAUUUUGUUAAGCUAUCAUAGCAAUUUCAUAGCAAAUUGUUUAGCCACUCACGGUGUAACAUUUUUCUUCAUGUAAUGCAAGUGAAUUAAAAAAUUUGUUAAGCCGGCGUAACAAUUUAUUUGAUAGUUUGAAAUUUUCUUUGUCAAAUACUUGGAAAUGAGAACAUUUCUCCUCACGUUAUGUAAGUGAAUCUCAAAUUUGUUAAGCCGGCAUAACAAUUGAUCUGAUAGUUUAAAAUUUUCUUAGUCAAAUAGUUGGAUAUGAGAAAUUGUUAAGCCGGCAUAACAUUUUCAAUCAUGUAAUGUAAGUGAAUUUUAAUUUUGUUAAGCUGGCAUAACAAUGUAUUUGAGAGUUUGAAAUUUUCUUUGUCAAAUACUUUAGAUAUGAGAAUUUGAUAAGCCGGCGUAACAUUUCUCUUCACGUAAUGUAAGUGAAUUUCAAAUUUUUUAAGCCGGCAUAACAAUUGAUCUGAUAGUUUGAAAUUUUCUUUGUCAAAUACUUAGAUAUGAGAAAUUGUUAAGCCGGCAUAACAUUUUCCAUCAUGUAAUGUAAGUGAAUUUUAAUUUUGUUAAGCUAGCAUAACAAUGUAUUUGAUAGUUUAAAAUUUUCUUUGUCAAAUACUUGGAUAUGAGAAAAUGUUAAGCCGGCAUAACAUUUUCUUCACGUAAAGUAGGUGAAUUUCAAAUUUGUUAAGCCGGCAAAACAAUUGAUCUGAUAGUUUGAAAUUUUCUUUGUCAAAUACUUAGAUAUGAGAAAUUGUUAAGCCGGCAUAACAUUUUCCAUCAUGUAAUGUAAGUGAAUUUUAAUUUUGUUAGCUGGCAUAACAAUGUAUUUGAUAGUUUGAAAUUUUCUUUGUCAAAUACUUGUAUAUGAGAAAUUGUUUAGCCGGCAUUACAUUUUUCUUCAUGUAAUGAAAAUGAAUUUUUAAUUUUGUUAAGCUGGCAUAACAAUUUAUUUGAUAGUUUGAAAUUUUCUUAGUCAAAUAGUUGGAUAUGAGAAAUUGUUAAGCCGGCAUAACAUUUUCAAUCAUGUAAUGAAAAUGAAUUUUUAUUUUGUUAAGCCGGCAUAACAAUUGAUCUGAUACGUUUAAUCUAAUGAAAUGAAUUUCAAUUUUGUAAAAGCAUGGGAAUGUGUUAAAAUUUGAUAAAAUUAAGUGUGUCUAUUGUAUAAAACAUUGUUAAGCCGGCAUAACAUUUUUUGUUUUUCAAUGUAAAUUGAGUUAUUGAUUCUUUACUGUUUUCACAAAUUUGGUGGUAUAUAGCCUUUUUAUUUAUUUGUUAAGCCAGCUUAACAUUUCUUCAUACUAAGAUUGCUUAUGUCACGCUAAAAUCGUGUUUGAUUUUUGUUAAGCUGGCUUAACACAGCGUUAUAUCAAUAAAAUCACUUUUAAAUAAAAGAUUCAAAUACAUUCA